AUGCCAGCGCCGUCAUCCGCAGCGGCCGGCGACUCGCUCCCUUUUGUGUACCGAAUCUUUUUCUUCCUGAUCGAGCCCAUCUCGGCCCUUGUCGGAGCCUACUUCGCGCAUUUCCGCCAAUCCACGUACUUAAACCUUACGCAUGCCGAAUCUACGCCUUCGCCCAUUCCUCUAGGGACCACUAUCGCCAUGUCACAGCUCGCUAAUUUGUACCUUUUCUUUGCGAUCAACGAAGCACUCGUGCUGCGAUCCACCUCGGAUCUUCGCGUCUGGAAGACGGUACUCUUCUGCCUGCUCAUCGGAGACCUCGGCCAUCUGUAUACGGUUCGGGAGCUAGGACUACCAAUUUACUGGAGCGUGUCUAAGUGGAAUGCUAUUGACUGGGGCAAUAUUCCCUUUGUCUACCUUGGCGCGGCAAUGCGCAUUGCCUUCAUAGCUGAUUUCACGGGCUUUCAGGUCAAUGGACCCGAGACGUGGCUAGAAUUCCACAAGAACGAGUUCCAACCCAAGCCCUUCGGCGACUACGAUGUCGAUAUCAAGGUCGAAUGCUGUGGCGUGUGCGGCAGCGACGUCCAUACCAUCAGCGGCGGCUGGGGCGAGCAGCAAUUCCCUCUAGCCGUCGGCCAUGAGAUCGUUGGGAAGGCCAUUCGCGUGGGGCCCAAGGUGACGCUGAUCAAGAAAGGCGAGCGUGUGGGCGUCGGCGCGCAGAGCUACUCGUGCCUCGACUGCCGCCAGUGCAAGAACAACAACGAAGCCUACUGCAGGCAGCAGCUGGAUACAUAUGGCGCCGUCUGGCCCGACACCGGAAUUGUAUCGCAAGGCGGCUACUCUUCGCACGUGCGAACUCACGAACACUGGGUCUUCCCCAUCCCCGAAGCCCUCCCCAGCACCGCUGCGGCGCCUAUGCUUUGCGCUGGGCUGACUGCGUACUCGCCCCUUGUGCGAAACGGCUGCGGGCCGGGCAAGAAAGUUGGAAUUGUGGGAUUAGGUGGCAUUGGUCAUUUUGGUUUGCUGUUUGCUAAAGCCUUGGGGGCCGAGGUUUGGGUGAUAAGCCGCUCACAUGCGAAGGAGGCUGAUGCGCUCAAACUUGGCGCCGAUGGUUUCCUCGCGACAGCCGACAAGGGAUGGAACGAACCACACGUCAUGACGUUUGACUUGAUCCUUAACACGGCGAGCAGCUUUGAAGGCUUCGACAUCGAUGCGUAUUUGAGCCUGCUGGACAUACAUGCCAAAUUUGUGAGCGUCGGGCUGCCCGAGGGCGAUGGCAUCAAAAUACGCAACCAGACUUUUCUCAGCAACGGCUGCUUCAUCGGCACCUCGCACAUUGGAAGCAGACGCGAGUCAAUCGACAUGCUGCAACUGGCCGCCGAUAAAGGCAUCAAGCCAUGGGUUGAGGAGUGCGCUAUCAGCGACAAGAACUUGGCGGAGACCCUGACCAAGCUGCACAACAAUAACGUGCGCUACCGGUUCUGCAUGAUAGGCUACGAGGACGAGUUUGGCGCGUGA